AUGGCAAACUCUCAAGAUGCAAUAGCUAUAAGUACCCUUGGGGAUCGACGACAUGCUUCUGUUAAUGCUCAUGCCUUGGGUUCAACUCAUGAUGGUGGUCCCCGAGUUUUUUAUAUGUAUACCCCAAAUUUUUGUGUGAUGAUACGUCGAGGAAUUUGUUUAUUUGCUAUUUUACUAUUUUCACUAAUAGUUAUACGAGAUUGGGGAGGUUUUUGGAGUGAUAUUUUCUUAUAUCACCCGAUAUCAAUGGCAAUUGCUUUUAUGGGAAUUUUACCAGAGUUGCUACAAUCUAUUGUUGAACUUCAAGGACCUCUGCAUAUGAUAAAUCAGCGUCGUAAUAUUUUACGAGAUCAUCGAUAUAAUGCUCUUUCUUUUAAAGCAUUUUGUGCUUUUGGAAUUAUUAUUAUUGAAUUUAGUAAAUUUCGUCGUUCUAAAAGUCACUUUGUAACAUGGCAUGCUCGAAUAGGUAUGCUGUGUGAGAUUCUUCAAAUCUUGGAGACAUUUAUAGGCCUUUCUCUUUAUUAUGGUAUAUUUGAUCGAUGCUUUUCAGUUUCACAUCGUAUUAUGCUUCGUAUUAUUCACCGACAACUUGCCUUUUUUGUUGUCAUAACAGGCUUGAUAGCCAUUUUUCUUGGAAUGUUCUCGCAUUAUGCUGAAAGAGUUUUUGAAAGUAUUUUUAUUAGGGUAUUAUUCGCUACCCUUCCUACUAUAUUGGCUUUAUGGGGAUAUUUUUGUGCAUUGUAG